AUGUCGCUGCAGCAGCAGCUGCAGCAGCAGCAGCAGCAGCAGAUGAGGCAUACAGCGCAGUUAACUGGCCUAAGACUCCUAUUAGAUGCAUUAGCUUGGGAAGCCCUUACUUUCCCUUCUCUUGCUGCAGCAGCAGCAGCAGCAUUAGCUGCAGCAGCAGCAGCAGAAGGGAAUAGGGGGGCUGAUCUGAAUAGGAAGCAGCAAGAUCGAGAUAUUAACAGUAGCAGUAGCAGCAGCAGCAGGCACUACUGCUGCUGCAGCGGCUGCAGCCGUUGCUGCUGCUGCUGCCUGUUGAGCGAAGCCGAGAGGAGGCUUAGGCAAGAAACUGGGCUGCUGCUGCAGAAGCCACACCUUCUGGUGCAGCAGCAGCAGCAGCAGCAGCAGCACCAAUCCCUGCAACAAAACCAGCAACUGCCGUCAGCUACACAGUACUUAGGGGAAUACAUACAUGAGGUAGCAGCAGCAGCUGCUGCUGGGCAGCAGCAGCAGCUAGAGCAGCUGCUGCAGUCCCUGCGUGAAGAUCCUCAGAUGGAGCUACUGCUGCAGCAGAAGCUUGCAGACAGCAGCAGCAGCAGCAGCAGCAACAGCAGCAGCAGUUUAUCACAGCAGCAUAUGCUAGCUCUACACGCGGCGGUAGCCCGUGCUGCUGCACUUGAGCUGCUGCUGCAUUUGCUGCUGCCUCUGCAGCAGGCCCUUUGUAUUAGCUGCCCUUCUUGCAGCAGCAGCAAAACCAGGAGCAGCAGCAGCUGCAGCAGCAGCAGCAGCAGCAGACGGCUGGAGUGGGGAGUUGCUGUCAUUUCUUCUCUACGUAUUGUUUGCAGGGAAGCAGCAAUUGUGUCUCUACGUUCUGAGGUCUGCUCAGCAGCAGCAGCAGCAGCAGCAGAAGGAGACGCAGAUGUAGCAGCAGCAGGAGAGUCUUUUGCUGCUGCUGCUGCUGAUAUUGCUGCUUCCUUCAGGGAGGGUCUUGCUGCUGCAGUUGAGGAACUCCCUCCUAUGCUGCAGCAGGUCCAACGUAGUUUUGCUGCUGCUGAAGCAGCAGCAGCAGGAGGACCCGCAGCACAGCAGCAGCAGCAGCAGCUGCUGCACACUACUGCUAAUCAUGUAGCAGCAGCGCUGCAGCAGAUUGCUGAGAUUGCUUUCUUCCUUGACGGCGCGCUGCCUCCGCCGUUGCUGGACAAGUUGCCUUCUUGCCUGACGUACAACGCUCAUCAGCAGCAGCAGCAGCAAGGACACAGCAGCAACCUUGAUGAGACACAAGAUGCUGCAGCAGAUGCAGCAGCUGCUGCUGCUGCUGAUUCCCCUAUUGAGUCCCCUUCUGCACAUGCACAUGGCUUGGAAGAGCAGCAACGGCAGCAGCAGCAGGUGGAAGAGCAGCAGCAGCAGCAGCACCAGCGACAGCAGCAGCAGGUAUGCGUGUGUUGUGGUACCGAAGCUCAGAAGCAACGGGAGCUGCUGCAGCAGCUGCAGCAGCAGCAGGUGUUGGCGGAACAAGCAGCAGCAGCAGCUGCUGCUGCAGCAGCGCAGCAGGAAGCAGUAGAGGAUGAGGGCUCCCUAUCUGACGACGAAGUAGCUGUUGGUGUCUUGCUGAUGCAGCGAGAGGCGCAGCGUGCUGCUGCUGCUCUCCUCUAUGCACGCCAGACGGUGCAGCAGCAGCAGCAGCGGCUGCAGCUGCUGCUUAAGUAUUGCUCCUGUGCUGCUGCAGCCCACGCAGCAGCAGCACCAGCUGCCGCACCUGUAGCAGAGGAAGCAGCAGAAGCAGCUGCAGGAGUAGAAGCAGCACAAGCUACAGGAGCAGCGGAAUCUGCAGCAGCAGCAGCAGCAGCUACUGCAGCACCAGCAGCAGAAGCACGCACAGAAGAUGCAACAUCAUUAGCAGAAGCAGUUGCAGCAAAUGCUGCAGCAGCACCUAAUUUGUCAGCAGCAGCAGCAGCUAGCGCAGCAGAAGUACUGAGAGAAGAGGAACCAAUUGUUGUGGUCAAAGGCGUACCCAGCGGCCAGGCAGCAGCAGCAGCACCAGCAGCAGCAGCAGCAACUGCUGCUGCUCCUGUAGAUGAAAGUGAAGACCUUGUGGUGAUAGAUACUCCGCAGCGAGAACAGCAGCAGCAGCAGCAGCAGCAGCACCAGAGGCAACAGCAGCAGCAGCACCAGCAGCACGAACAGCCGUUGCCUCCGGAGGCCCAAAGUGAUGUUGCUCCUGCAAGCUGCAGCUGCAGCAGCAGCAGCAGCAGCAGCACCAACAACUCUUCGAAGCGGCAGCGUCCUGUAGAAUCCGUUGAAGACAGCGAACUAUCUGAUAGUCCAACAGCAGCAGCAGCAACAGAUGCAGCAGCAGCAGCAGCAGCAGCAGCGUACAAGCGGCAGGAGGAGAGCCACAACAACAGUGGCACAAGGCGCAGCAACAGAAUCGCCAGCAGCAGCAGCAGCAGCAGCAGCAGCAGCAGCAACAGGAGGCCCUCUAUCCUAUCUGCAGCAAAUUCCCCCGCACACAAAUUAAAAUUUCCUCGUCUUCUUGAGGCACACCCAACAGACAAAGUUGAACAUUGGCCGUCUGACGAAGAACCUGUGAUUAUGCAGCAGCCGCAGCAGCAGCAGCAGCAGCAGUCGCAGCAGCAGCAACAACAACAACAGCAACGGCAGCAGAGACAGAGGAGUUGCUGCUCGAUGGUGUGCGGCGGUUUGGCAAAGGAAAUUGGAGGGAAAUACAGCAGGAACAUCCCCUGCUGCGGCGGAGAGACUAUUGAGGGAAGGCCUUCCAGCUGUCGCAGAUCACUCCCAGAGCAGCAGCAGCAGCAGCAGCAGCAGCAGCAGCACUUGCUGCUGCUGCUGCUGCUGCAGAUGCCGCACGUGCAGCAACAGCAACAACUGCAGCAGCACCUACAGCUGCAGCAGCUGCAGCAACUGCAGCAGCAAAGCAACUAA